AUGGGUACUUCGGUGCAGGUUACUCCCCUCUGCGGAGUGUACAACGAGAAUCCUCUCUCUUACUUGGUCUCCAUUGAUGGCUUCAACUUCCUCCUCGACUGUGGUUGGAACGAUCUCUUUGACCCAUCACUCCUCGAGCCUCUCUCCAGGGUUGCUUCUACUAUAGAUGCAGUUUUGCUUUCUCAUCCAGAUACGCUUCACCUCGGUGCUCUUCCUUACGCUAUGAAGCAGCUUGGACUCUCUGCUCCCGUUUAUGCCACUGAGCCUGUUCACAGAUUAGGCCUCCUCACAAUGUAUGAUCAGUAUCUAUCCAGGAAGCAAGUCUCCGAUUUCGAUCUUUUUACGCUAGAUGACAUCGACUCUGCUUUCCAGAAUGUGAUCAGAUUGACUUACUCACAAAAUUUUCAUCUUCCUGGAAAGGGAGAGGGUAUUGUAAUUGCUCCUCAUGUUGCUGGACAUAUGCUUGGAGGUAGCAUCUGGAAGAUAACAAAGGACGGGGAGGAAGUUAUAUAUGCUGUUGACUACAAUCACCGGAAAGAAAGGCAUUUGAAUGGAACUGGUUUACAGUCUUUUGUUCGGCCUGCUGUUCUGAUAACCGAUGCAUACCAUGCUCUUUAUACCAAUCAAACCGCGAGACAGCAAAGGGACAAAGAGUUUCUAGAUACCAUUUCGAAACAUCUUGAAGUUGGGGGCAAUGUUUUAUUGCCAGUAGACACUGCGGGUCGAGUCCUGGAACUGCUCUUGAUACUUGAACAGCAUUGGUCACAGAGAGGUUUCGGCUUUCCCAUUUACUUUCUCACAUAUGUGUCAUCUAGCACUAUUGACUAUGUUAAGAGUUUCCUCGAGUGGAUGAGUGACUCCAUUUCAAAGUCCUUUGAGACUUCUCGUGAUAAUGCCUUCCUAUUGAGGCAUGUAACUCUCCUGAUAAACAAGACUGAUCUGGAUAAUGCUCCACCUGGUCCAAAGAUUGUUCUUGCGUCCAUGGCUAGUCUCGAAGCCGGUUUUGCUCGUGAUAUAUUCGUGGAGUGGGCCAAUGAUCCCAGAAAUUUAGUCCUCUUUACUGAAACAGGCCAGUUUGGCACUUUAGCUCGUAUGCUUCAGUCAGCCCCACCUCCCAAGUUUGUUAAAGUAACCAUGUCUAAGAGGGUUCCUUUGGCUGGAGAAGAGUUGAUUGCAUACGAAGAGGAGCAAAACAGACUGAAAAGGGAAGAAGCUUUGCGAGCUAGCCUCGCCAAAGAGGAGGAAACAAAAGCUAUCCUUGGAGCUGAUGAUAAUGCAAGUGAACCUAUGGUCAUAGAUACCACGACUACUCACGAUGUUGUUAGUUCUCACGGGCCUGCAUAUAAAGAUGUGUUGAUAGAUGGAUUUGAUCCCCCGUCCAGCAGCCUUGCUCCAAUGUUCCCAUUCUUUGAUAACACAGCUGAAUGGGAUGAAUUUGGGGAGAUAAUUAAUCCAGAUGACUACAAGAUCAACGAUGAAGACAUGGACCGAGGAGCAAUGCAUUCAGGUGAUGUUGAUGGAAGGCUUGAUGAGGCAACUGCUAGUCUCAUGCUUGAUACAAGACCUUCGAAAGUCAUAUCAAAUGAGCUCAUUGUGACUGUUAGUUGUUCGCUUGUUAAAAUGGACUACGAAGGUCGUUCAGAUGGUCGCUCAAUCAAGUCUAUGAUUGCGCAUGUUUCACCUCUUAAACUCGUUCUGGUGCACGCAAUAGCUGAAGCUACAGAGCAUUUGAAGCAACACUGCUUGAACAGCAUCUGUCCACACGUGUACGCUCCUCAAAUAGGGGAAACCGUGGAUGUGACAUCUGAUUUAUGUGCUUACAAGGUCCAACUCUCUGAAAAGCUGAUGAGCAAUGUGAUCUUCAAGAAGCUGGGAGAUUCAGAAGUAGCUUGGGUGGAUUCUGCAGUAGGGAACACAGAGAGCGACACAACGAGGUCUCUGUUACCACUGCCAAGUGCUGCUUCUCCGCACAAGCCUGUUCUAGUGGGUGAUCUGAAAAUAGCAGACUUCAAGCAGUUUCUGUCAAGCAAAGGUGUACAGGUAGAGUUUGCAGGUGGAGGAGCUUUACGUUGUGGUGAAUAUGUCACUCUACGAAAGGUCGGUCCAACUGGUCAGAAGGGUGGAGCAUCAGGACCACAGCAAAUUCUGAUAGAAGGACCCUUGUGUGAAGACUAUUAUAAAAUCCGAGAUUAUCUCUAUUCUCAGUUUUACCUCCUCUAA